CCCGGGUGCGCCCGCCCCGCCCGCCGAGAGCCGAUCGCCCGCGCCUGGGCGCCCGGAGGCGGCGUCCGGAGUUCCUGCCCAGGACGGAUCUUGAUGAACAAAACAAAGCAGACGUAAUUCAUCUCUAGAAGUCUACCUUAGCAUAGAAAAAAAAUUUAGUUAGAAUAGUAAAAAUGGAAAAAGAGAAAAUAAAUCAUGAUGAAAAAACAGAUGCAGAAAAUUCACUGGACUUUUCUGACCACUUUAACCAACUUGAACUGUUGAAAACACAUGGACACCUCAUUCCCACUGGUACUCAAAGUCUCUGGCUAGGCAAUUCUGAUGAAGAUGAGGAACAAGAUGAAAAAAGCGAAGAGUGGUAUCAAUUGCAAGAAAAAAAAAUGGAGAAGGAUCCAAGCAAAUUGCUUCUUUGGGCUGCCGAAAAUAAUCGGCUUACUACAGUACAGAGACUACUUUCUGAAAAGGCCGCUCAUGUGAAUACUAGGGAUGACGAUGAGUAUACCCCUCUUCAUCGGGCAGCCUACAGUGGACACUUAGACAUUGUCCGUGAGUUGGUGGCCCAAGGGGCAGAUAUUCAUGCAAUAACUGUGGAUGGCUGGACAGCCCUGCACAGUGCUUGUAAGUGGAAUAACACCAGAGUGGCUUCCUUCUUACUUCAGCAUGAUGCAGAUAUCAAUGCCCAAACUAAAGGCCUCUUGACCCCCUUGCAUCUUGCCGCUGGGAAUAGAGAUAGCAAAGAUACUCUGGAACUCCUUCUGAUGAACCGCUAUAUCAAACCAGGUCUGAGGAACAACUUGGAAGAAACUGCAUUUGAUAUUGCCAGAAGGACAAGCAUUUAUCACUACCUCUUUGAAGUUGUGGAAAGCUGUACAAAUUCUUCUCCCAAGUCUUAAUGGUUCGGUUAAUUUUCUUAAGUUUCCAAAAUGCCAGUCCAUCAUUUUUGUAAGAUACAAAAUAUUUUCACAAUACAAAGUAGACAUCAAUGUCUUACUGUAAAAAUAUGGGUUCUUAUGGUAUUCUUCCAAGUGAAUUGCCUGACUUUGAUGUCCAAAUAUAUUCAAGAGUUGUUUGGGAGCCGGGCGC